UUGAUUUUUAUUUAUGUUAGAGCUUCUCAAUACGAUGAGUGUUAGGCUCAUGUCUGCGCUUCUUGUGCUGCAACGUAUCUGGAAGCUGGAGUUGAAAAUGCGUGGGCCUUCCCUGUUCGUCUUAGGAUGUUGCUUCGUCGUAUGUCUCUCUGCAUACGACCGGGCAACAUUCUUGAAAAGAGUCAAGGGCAUGAAUCCUGGACAAUUCUCGCCAUCUUGCAAGAAAGUCUUCAUGAAAUGCUUCUCAAAGCUGGUGGGACUGAUGAAGAUGCUGGACUUCACGGGAGAUGCAUGGCGCAAGUAUACGGAAAUCGAAUGCGUCAGCAAGCUUCUGAGCGAUGGGUUUCCUGAUUACACCGUAGAAUGUGCGAUGAAUUCUAUAAUGGGUCAGUUCAUAUCGUGCUACAGAAGUCCGGCAUUUGCGGAGUACGCAGGACCUGAAGACAUGGCAGAGCUUAAUCCAGCCCUGGUAAUCUCACCCUUCCUCUCUUAUGUUUGA